AUGACCUCGAAGGCUGAUAUGUAUGCGCCACCGGAAGAGCGGUAUAAAGAGCAACAAGGUGGAACCGCCUACAAGGACCAGCAGCAGGACUAUGAGAUUCUAGAGGCGGGGCUGGUCCACAAUGUCAACCCGGGUGGCGGAAGCAGUGCGGCGGCGGCGGCGGGCGGAUGGGGUUCCACCGCUGAGAUAGAGAAAGCUCUGCGCUUGGGCUUCAUCCGCAAGGUAUACGGCAUCUUGUCGAUCCAGCUGCUGCUCACGGCCGCCGUCGCGGCCGUCUGCGUCCUCAACGACAAUGUCCGCACCGGCAUCCUGGGCAACCUCUGGACUGUGUGGGUCGGCUUCUUCUUUUCGAUCGGCCUCCUCCUGUGCCUGAUGUGCUACCGUGACAAGUACCCCCUGAACAUGUAUCUGCUGGGAGCAUGGACGUUUGUGGAGGCGUAUACGGUGGGCGUCGUGUGCGCGGCCUACGCUAGCCAAGGACAGGGAACGAUCGUUGUUCAAGCGGCGGGGUUAACGAUGGCCGUCUUCCUGGGGCUGACGCUGUUCACCUUCCAGACCAAGAUCGACUUCUCCUUCCUCGGGGGGGCAUUGUUCGCGAGCAUCUGGGUGCUGAUGCUGUGGGGGGUGGUCAUGUCGGUCUUUGGCUUCCAGCAGAGCUACCUCUACUCCCUGUUCGGCGCGAUCAUCUUCUCGCUCUAUAUCCUCUACGACACCAGCCUGCUCAUGAAUCACCUGGGGUACGACGAGUACAUCGUCGCCUCCAUCAGCCUCUACCUCGACAUUCUCAACCUCUUCCUGUACAUCCUGAGGCUCCUUUCCAGAGACAACCGAUGAUGGGGCCGUGGUUCAUCGUACCACAGGAUGCCGAGGAAUGGCAGCGAGGAAUCCCACCGCCCUUGUUUGAUCCAGCGUUGUCAUCGGGACGACAUGGUUGGAAUUGGAGCGUGGUGAAUGUAUAUAUAGUAUGUAAGUGAUGGUGUUGAACACCCCAGAUGCUGCGCAUGAUAUCACGUGGCGGCAGCUCUUCGGGACUGGGCCCUAGCGAGCUUCUGUCUUCCCCGAACUAGACAUGGGUGUCUUUGGAUUGAACCACAAGCGGAGGGGGUGGGUGGCCACAGCACCACAAUUAAUGUCGGUGUGGAUUUGUGACAAAUCAGAAUUCAGCGUCACCCAGUGUUGGACAGUACGCGGGCGCAUAUUCCGAGGCUACGCUGGCGUGAUUGCUGUGAACUAUUUUUUUUUGUUCUUGUGGGGGUUGAAACGUAAGUAGGACACGAAAGGGGUGGCUCGUUGAUGAACUAUUUGCCCUGCCUGACGGAUUUGCCUUGUUUCUCGUGUUGCCGAGAUAUUGUGACAAACUAUCGGACGUCAUUGUACGGAAGGCAAGGAAGCGGUGGACCCUGCACCACCUACGAAGGCAAUCUUGGUGCUCGACGGCGGCGACGAAAGCUGCAUGCAUGGCAUGGACCCAAAUGCAUAUUUCUAUUUUCCGGGUUCAGCUCUGUACCUUCGUUUUCCAAGCUCCAAAAGGUUUUCAGACAAGGCUUCAACACUAGGUUGUGGCACAGGCAUGGCCGAUGGGAUUAACGUCUUCUGCUUCUUC